CAGUCCCGAGCAGCACCCCAGUGCUGAGUGGAUAGCCGUGCUGUGCAGUGCCUGUGUUUAUGUGAUGGAUCCCGGUGGACAGUGAUGGGCUGUGGACAAAGCCACAUUCCCGUCAUCUACCCAAGGAAGUCGAAGGCCAAGGGAUCGCCACCAUCAGGUAAGAAGGACUAUUUAUCGCCGCUACUUUGUUUAAAAACUACUCAAGGUGGAGGUAGUGAUGAUAGCGAUGAAGAAGCAGCGCCACCGGCGGAGACGGCUUUAGUCGAAGAGCUCCCCCCUGCGGCAGAAGAUGAAGAAGCUGCAGCUCGCAUGAGGCAGAUGGUACAGCUUUCUUCGAGUCCUUUGUUAGCUCAAACAGAACUGUCUACAAGCCAAAGCGAUUUCUUUAAAAUGCUGGAUGAAAAAAUAAAUAAUGGUCCAGACUACGACCCAAAUGGAGAAUACGAAUUUGCCAUGGACCACUCCCAGCUUUGCAGACUGCUGCAAGAAUGGCAAGCCGCCAAGCAGAGGUCGAUGUACGGCAUGCACAAAAAACCGAUGCAGAGGUACCACUCGCUCCAGAGCAACGGCGAGCUCGGCGCGGCGAGGCACAAGCUGCAGCACCAGAUGACCUACGCCACGGCCGCCCCGCCACCGCAGCAGUUCGUGUACGCGAGCCAGUACGACCAGUACCCCGUGCCCCAGAUGAGACACUACCAGCCGCCCCCUCCGCCUCAGUACCACCCCCAAUACCACCACGUCGCUAACAGUGUAGUCAUGUACGACAAAAACAGGGGUGGCUAUUACACCGAGCUGGCGUGACCCCAGCCGCAAGAGGGGUUGCCACCCCCUGCGCCCUAUCUCCCUUAUCCCUGGACUUUGGAGUAACGGCGAUACUCUUCUUCCCGUAUCUCAUGCCCCUACCCCCUUGUGUAUUUGUGAUGUUUAGUAAAUAAUAUAAGUUUUUAAUAAUAAAAAUAAACAAUAGUCAUAAUUGCGAUUUGUUAAAUUUGUCAGCGAUCAGAGAACACCACCUCCUGUUACUUGAUCGUUGACUUAAUACUUUUAAAUACUUUAAAGUAAUAUUUAUAGUUUUGUUUGUUAAUCUCGGAGAACAUGUCACAGAGUAAAGAGACAAUGACCAACCUUAACAUAAUAUAAAAUCUAUUUAAUUAGUUAUCUGUUUAUUAUUGAUUAUUAUUUCUAAUUUUUUGUACAAAGUCAGUUGAGAAGAAAAAUUAGUGUCCAGCUUGUGACGCCAAUAUUUCUUUACAACUGUCUUUGCAUAAAAAUUAGAAAUUUAAAAGUUGCCAACUUCAGAAGGUUAAAGAGAAAUUAUCUUCCAUUCUUUUGCAAGGAUAAAAUUCUGAGACAUCUUCGCUAUUUAAAAUGUUAUCUACUAAAUUAAUUAAUAAAAUUAAGCCAACUAAAUUAACAUAAAACUUUUUUUUAGAGUUUUUACUUUUUUUUCUGAACAACCUUCAUACAAAUUUUAAAAGGCAAUCUCUGCUCUGUGAUAUAAGCAAUUAUGGGAUUUUCAAACGCGAAUAUUGUCAAUUAUAAACCAUGUUAGAGACAUAAGGGUUUUUCACAAAAUUUGUUAUAUUGAUUCAAUUUAUCAGUUUACUUAUAAAUAAUAAAAACACGAGAGAGAUAAUGAUAUAAUUAUAUUAAAACUAUGUAUUAUACCUAUGUAAAUAUAACAGUCUACCAAAAAAAAGAAAAAAAAGAACAUUUACCAAAAUAAGUUAUGUACAAAUGUUAUAAAACGUGUGAAUGUAAAUAAUAUUAAAAGGGAUGUAAAAUAAUUACAUAUUAGGAAAACCAAAGUUAGGUUGAAGAUUGAAAUGGUCUAUAAAAAUGUAUGCAGAUCUACCUCUUACACAAAAAAUUAUAAUAUAACGGAAUAAAACGGGGAGUAAUAAAACCGAUUAGUAUUAGGUUUUAUCGCCUGGAAGUUAAAAAAUAUGUAAGGCGUUAGAAAAUAAAGUGAACAGGAUUCCAUUGACCAAACCAUUUUCCUGACUAGAUUUCCUAAAAUUUUGUAAAUAGGCAUUAGCCGUUAGAUUAAAAGAACUAAACAAAUAUAGAUAAAUAACAGUUUAAGAUUUUCAAUAUGAUUUUUAUUUAAAUUUGAAUAAAAAAUUUAAAACUGAAAUCAUAUCCGAAUUUUUACAAGCACUUAAUACUUGAUUGGAAAAUAAGCACCAAUCCAGACUAUUUUGUUUUUAACUUUGCUUUCUGCUCUUCCUUCUUGUUCAAUCUUCACUGGUUAAUUAAAUAACAAACUUGUAUUUUUUUCUCUUUUAGACAGCAUGAGCGUAUUUUCUAUUUCUAUUUAGUAUUUUCUACCAUAUUCUGUUAUAAAAUGACUGAUGUUACUAUAUCACUUGCCCAUACUAUUUGGGCUUAGUUUUUUAAAAUCAAUUUUAAAAUUUUAAGCCCCUCUCGUUUUAUUUCUUUUAAAAAUGAAAUAUUAAAUCCAGGAUUUUUUUCAUCGAGACAUUCUUAGAAUGUGUAAUUUUUUAAAUGUAUAAAUAAAAACUAUAGUUAUAUUUUUGAAAUAUAUAUUUAAAAAAUAUAUGUAACCAAAAAAAAACAAAUUUUAUAAAAUUUUUCUCCCCUUAUGUCUAGUGCCUGUUUAAAAUAUGAAAAUAAAUAACUUACAAUGUGUAAUGUUAAGAACCAUUCCAAAUCCACAUAAAUUUUACUACAAAUAAAAAGAUAAACCUUUUUUAAAACAAUUUAUAACUGCUUGAAUUUUAAAAUAUCAUAAAAAAAUUUCAAUUUAUUUUUAUAUUCAAGUUAAAGAAAUGUUUACAAUAGUAUAAGAAGGCUUAAAUGUAACAAAAGAAAUAUUUUAUUUCUUCAUAAUAAAGUUACAUUUUUACAUGUUCCGAUUAAUAAAAACUAUAAUAAUAAUCUUACUGUUAAAAAUGAAAUAUUUACUAUCUUUUAUAAAUUCAUUUACUUUAAAAAAAAGGUAACACAAUGCUUGUAUGUUUUCCGGAAAAUUUUUGUGUUAUCAUCGAGAUCAAUUAUGUUUUUCACCCCUUCCUUUUAUUGUUGAAUGUUUAUAAUAAUAUCAAACGUUAUGUUGUUUUAUUUUUAAAAGUUUGAUACGUAAAAAACAAUUUUUAUUUUGUCUAGUCAUGUAAUGUUAUAUUAUUAAAAAACUAGGUUAUAAAAUGAGUCAGACUUUUCAAGGGAAAUAAAAAUUUAAAAAAAUAUGAAUAAAUAAAAGAAUAUAGAUGUAGAAUUUAUCCUGUUCUGAAAUAUAUAAAAAAUAAAAAUAUCUUUGGAAUGCAUUUUAUAAAUUUUACGGAAAAAGUUUAAAAAAAAUGCAUUCUGAUAUUAAUGUGAUAUUUUGUAGUUUUAAUUCUUUAUUAAAAAAUAAAUAAUAUUGCAAUUUGUUAAUCACAGUUGACUGCACGAUUGUAAUAACAAUUUAACAAUCUGGUCUGUUUUUUGUUACGUUAAAAAAAAUCAAGCCAAAUCAAAUUUGCCUAAGUUGACAUUAGUUAAACCAACAAUUUCGUCCUCUUUUCUCAUGAAAUUUGUACCAACCUCACCCAAGGAGAAACUGUGAGAAAAGUUAUGUUAAAAAAAUACUGUGUAAAUUAUUGUAAUGUGAUUGUAAAGAAAAAACAAAUUUGUUAAGUUUCUCAAAGUCUAUAAUCGUACCGUUUGUAUUGAUUUGUUAAAGAAAAAAAACACCUCAGUUGUAAUAAUGAACAAUCAAAAUAAAUGUAUUUAUGGACUUGA